GUCGUAAAACCUCCGAGGACUGAGAAAUCCAAUUCCUAAAUAAACCCUAGAAGAAGAGAAAUCUGAUUGGGAGAAGUUGAUCGAGAUGGGGAAUGAGACGAAGAGCAAUGGAGCAUCAAGCUUGGGUGGAGGAGGAGGAGGGUUUAGGGCAAAGAUGGAGCACUAUGUGUACAGUGGGGAAAAGAAGCACGUUUUGGCAGGGAUCGGGAUAUUCACCGUCAUCUUCGGCAUCCCUUGGUAUCUUAUGAAUCGAGGAUCAAACAACCACCGGUCUCACCAAGAUUACAUGGAAAAGGCUGAUAAAGCUAGAAAAGCUCGUCUCUCUUCAUCUCCAUCCCCAUCCUCUGACAAGUAGUCCUGUUCAGACUCUAGUCAGAUACAUGCCGUGAAUGAUCCACUCACUCAGGGUUUUCCAUGUCCAUACAAACAUAACUCAGCAAUGUCUGAGCCAGUGUGGUUUAUUUAGUUCAGUUACGUAUCAUUCCACUGUACUCCAGUUUCUAUAUUUGACUAAAUAAAAGUUUUUUUCUCAAAA